AUGACAAUGAACCUAGGAGCCCCAGAUAUAAAGAUUUUCGUCCCUUUUCCCCUUCUUUCUGUUUCAAGAUUCAGAAAAUUUUGCGGUUGCUCACCUGGGCAUUUUGAGAUGGGUAUAUAUCUCAGUACUCCUAAAACAGAUAAAUUUUCUGAAGAAGGUGAGAGCUCUAGGCUUAGUUAUGGUCUAUCAUCCAUGCAAGGGUGGCGUUCUACAAUGGAAGAUGCUCACGCUGCAAUUCCUGACUUGGAUGCAUCCACUUCAUUUUUUGGUGUUUAUGACGGUCAUGGAGGUAAGGUGGUUUCCAAAUUCUGUGCUAAAUAUCUUCAUCAGCAAGUGCUCAAGCACGAAGCAUAUUUGGCCGGGGAUAUAGGGACGUCAGUUCAGAAAGCCUUUUUCAGGAUGGAUGAGAUGAUGCGUGGACAGAGAGGAUGGAGAGAAUUGGCUGUUCUAGGAGAUAAACUAGACAAGUUUAGUGGUAUGAUAGAGGGUUUGAUAUGGUCUCCACGAAGUGGCGACAAAAGUGACCAAGUUGAUGAUUGGGCUUUUGAGGAGGGUCCGCACUCUGAUUUUUCCGGACCAACUUCUGGGAGCACUGCUUGUGUUGCAAUCAUUAGGGGUAACCAACUUGUCGUCGCAAAUGCUGGCGAUUCCCGGUGUAUAAUUUCUAGGAAUGGUCAGGCAUACAACCUUUCAAGAGACCACAAACCCGAUCUCGAGGCUGAGAGAGAUAGGAUUUCAAAAGCUGGUGGUUUUAUCAUCGCGGGACGUGUCAACGGCAGUCUGAAUCUUGCAAGAGCUAUAGGUGACAUGGAAUUCAAGCAGAACAAGUUUUUACCUGCUGAAAAGCAAAUUUUAACGGCCAAUCCAGAUAUAAAUAUUGUUGAACUUUGUGAUGAUGACGAGUUCAUUGUACUUGCCUGUGAUGGAAUUUGGGAUUGCAUGUCAGGCCAGCAACUCGUAGAUUUUAUACGUGAGCAGUUGAAAUCUGAGACUAAGCUUUCUAUAGUCUGCGAAAAAGUACUCGAUAGGUGUUUAGCGCCAUCUACUGCUGGAGUUGCAGGUAUAUCUGCAGAUGAGAAAUCCAUGUCGUCUGAGAAAGUGCAAACCACAUCGAAACCAGUAGAAACCGAAUAA